AUGUCGGAUGAAAGAAAAGGCGUGUCUCUAAGGACCAAGAGAAAAGGUCGUCCAGCAAUAAGUGCCCCCAAACAGAUAUCCGGUCCAAUUCCACAAACUGGAGGAGAUGGUCCACGAAAUGCUGGACAGCCAUCUUUCAAUGCUCCGCCGGCGCAACGUCCUCAACCUGGUGGCAAGACUUCAGAUUUGGUGAAACGGCGAUACUCUACUCGAUUUAAUAAUCUUCCCCCCGACUUCGACCCUUCUGCCCCACCUCUUCCCUCUGUUCCUAACUUGCCAGCUCAAUAUGCUCCGGCAAACGAUCGUGGACGAGGUCCAUCGCCGGCGAGAGGACCUGGUUUAGUAGUAGACCAGAGAGCUUUACGCGAUCCAAAUUUGAGGCCAGAGGUAUACGUAGCGGGACUAUUAAGUGAUGCUUCGGAACAAGAUAUUGAGGAUUACCAAAACAAUUUAAGAAAGAUGAAGAAUCGUACUUCUACGGAUUUACAACAAAACAUUUAUCAAAAUCGGACACAAUUCAUAAAGAUUAGUAAAGAGGCAGAAAAGCUCAAAGGGGAGAUGCGCGCACUUCGGAAUCUAAUGGCUGAACUUAAAACCAACACUACUGCCCUCAGAACGACUUCACAAGGUCCAUCCACAUCAACUGAUUUCGAAGGCUUCCAGCCAACAACGAGUAAGAAAGACAGGCGAAGUUCUGUGGCAGACAGAACUGUGAUGUGGAACUCGCAGCUACAGGCUUUAUGGAAGACUAUUGAAGGCUCCCAAAAGUUUCUACCUGCUGCCCCUGGCCGUCACGUGGUGCAAAAUGCUGGACUAUGGAUAGAGCUUGACAAUGCUACUUGGAAAUCUAGACGAGCGAUGCAGAUCGUCUUAUUGAAUGAUCAUCUCCUCGUUGCCUCUAGGAAAAAGCGAAAAGUCGAAGGCGCAGAUCAACGACAGGCGCCAUCGAAGUUGGUGGCAGACAGAUGCUGGCCAUUAUUGGACAUUGAAAUUGUUGACCUUGCAGGCACGAGUGAAGGAACUAGUGUGCGUAACAAGUUGGCUGAUGCAAUCAUGAUUAGGGGUGUAGGUCAGGAAUCGUUUACCUAUCGAACUGAAAAGCCGGGCGACAAUGAGAAGUCUUCCCUUAUGAUGAACAUCCGAAAAGCGGUAGAAGAGCUCCAUAAGGGCAUCCGGUCAGAAAUGGAAACAAGCAAUAAGGCUAAGGAAACCAUCAACUACUUUGCUUCACGUGACCCAGGAUUGUUAAAGAAGACAGACUUACUGGAGACUCUUUCGGACAUAAAAGAUAUGCUUAUCGAGGUUGAUGGCAAGCAGCAAAAUCUGCGGUGGGUAGAGAGUCAGGUGGAUGAGUUGGAUAUCGACAUCGCCCUGCAACAUUUCGACGCUGCGGUACAACGUGUUGCAAAACUAAAUUCCUUGGCCAAAGGCCUUAAAAGCAAUGUUGUCGCCCAGGACUUCAUUAGCUUCAAAGCCGAUGAAAGGGCAACCAGACUUGCAGAACUCAUCACCCGUGAGCAAUGUAUCUUCGAAGGCAACCUCCGUCAAUAUAUCUGGGAGGUAUCAUUCGUAUAUUUUACAAUAAUACGAAAUACUGUCUCAACAUUCCAAGCAUGCUUUCCGCAACCACUCAUGAGUGCCUGUGUAAAAUGGGCCAAAGAGCAGGUCGAUGCAUUCAAUGUUAUUCUUGCCCGACAGCUGAGUAGCACUGAGAAGAACGGACAAGUAUGGACGGAAUGUAUGGAUCAGGCAAGAGAGCAUGCCAAAAUGCUCUCCGAAGUUGGUUUAGACUUUACCAGCCUCAUUGGUUCAAACUCGAUAGAUGUUUUCAAUAACGGACCUAAAGGCUUAGGCUUAGGUUUGGCAUAG